UGAUCAUAUAAUGGUGUUCGUCAUAUUUACUUCCCUUUGAUUUCAACUUUCCAUUUGUACCGAAUUAGCACUUGAGGUUUACAUGAUUUACUAAUUGGACAGGUUGUUGGAUAAUCUGACCACAUAUUUAGUAUGUCUGAAGCAGCUGAUGAAAAUCAAAAUGCAGGUGCCCGCAAAAAAACAGAGAAUAAGCCAAGUUUGGCACAGGUAAUGCAGAAAGGUAGAGAGGAGAAAAAGCAGCAGGGUGGACGGCAAGCUACAAGUGGGUCACCUAGGGUAGGAGCUGGCAGACAGGGUGGCGUGGCUGAUGGACAAGCUACAAGUGGGUCACCUAGGGUAGGAGUUGGCAUGCAGGGUGAUGUUGAGGAUCAGAAAGAAGAUAUACACAGUGAAGAUAGUGACACAGAUGAAGAAGAGUAUAAUAUGAUGAUUGCUGGCCUCUCUGAAGUUGCAUUAUUGAUGAAGAAACCAGAACCAGUGUUUGGGACAGGUUUUCUGUAUGAUGAAAGGUUUACCCUCCACAAGAAUGACUGGCAAUCUAAUUUUCCAGAGAAACCAGCCAGAGUAUCCAGUCCUUAUCAAAGAUGCUGUGACUUUGACCUUGUUAGCAGAUGUACCAAUAUUGAGGCAAGAUACGGAACAGAGGAUCAGGUACUAUUACAACAUUCACAGAAACAGAUAGACAUUUUACAGUCAGUGACUGAGAUGGAUAUUACAGAGAGGAAAGAACUCUCAAAGAAAUAUGAUUCUGUAUAUUUCCACCAGGAAACUUUCCAGACAGCUAUGUUAUCGAUGGGAAGUACAAUAGAAAUGAUGGAGCAAAUACUGAAGAAAAACGUAAGAAAUGGAUUUGUUUUAUCAAGGCCACCAGGACACCAUGCAAUGACAGAGGAAUUUUGUGGAUUUUGUUUCUUCAAUAAUGUUGCUAUAGCAGCCAAGCAUGCAGUUGAUAAUCUUGGACUGAAAAGGAUAUUGAUUGUGGACUGGGAUAUACAUCAUGGUCAGGCAACCCAGCAAAUGUUCUAUAAUGAUCCUAGGGUGUUGUAUUUUUCUAUCCACCGAUACGAGUAUGGUGAAUAUUGGCCUAGUCUAAGGGAGUCAGAUUAUGACAAUAUCGGAGAUGGUGAAGGCAGAGGUUACAACAUUAAUGUACCACUAAAUCAGACUGGUGUAGGAGAUAGUGAAUAUCUGGCUAUUCUUCAACAAAUUCUGAUGCCAGUCGCUUACCAGUACAACCCUGAGCUGGUGUUAAUUUCUAGCGGUUAUGAUUCAGCUAUUGGUUGUCCAGAGUAUGCUCCUGAAAUAGUUCUUGUGUCCAGUGGUUAUGAUGCAGCAAUAGGGGAUGUUAAGGGGGAGAUGAUGGUCAGUCCUGCAGCAUAUGCUCAUUUUAUACACAUGAUAAAUUCCCUAGCUGAUGGCAGAGUGUGUGCUGUACUUGAGGGAGGUUAUAAUAUAAAGUCCUUGUCAGAGGGUGUGGCUCUCAGCGUGCGGUCAUUGUUAGGUGACCCCUGUCCAUUGCUCAAACCAACUACUGAACCAUCAGACAGUGUUACAGAGAGUAUACUGAAUGUUAUAAAGUGUCUCGCUCCAUACUGGACAUGUUUAUGUUAUCAACCUCAACUGGAUGAGGAUGAACCUUGCGAACUUGAUGGUGUUAACGAUGAUCCUCCAAAAGAUGGCAUUGUGUUUCAAACACCCGAGAACAAGCCAUCUGAAUAUCCGUUGACUUAUGCCUACCCAUAUAAGGUAGAGCAGGAAUAUUUACAGGCAGAUUCUAAUUGGAAUAAUAUUAUAGAUAACUUGAUUGCAGAAACAUCACUAACCGUACCACCUCAUAGGACAUGUUUGGUGUAUGACAAAGGAAUGAAGGCUCACAGAGCUAUUGGAAAUCCAGGUCACCCAGAAAAACCUGAGAGAAUAUCAAGAAUUUAUGACAAACAUCGAGAAUGGGGACUUCUAGAGAGAUGCCUACAGCUACAGUGUAGACUGGCAGAGCAUGAGGAGUUGGAGCUGGUACAUAGUGCAAUGUUUAUUGAAGAGAUGAAAUCAACAGAAAUGUUCAGUCUUGAACAGAUGUCCCAUUUCCAAGAGAGAUUUACACUACCUGGUGAAAAAGUACCAGUUUUUGUGAACAAUGAAUCAUACAUCUGUGCAAGGAUGGCAGCUGGCUGCACCUUAAAUGUGAUAGACUGUGUGCUUUCAGGGCAGGCAAGAAAUGGUGUAGCGAUUGUUAGACCACCGGGACACCAUGCUGAGUGUGAAAAACCUAUGGGGUUUUGUUUCUUCAAUUCUGUUGCAAUAGCAGCCAGAUAUGCUCAAAAGAAAUUUGCCGUGAAAAAGGUCCUUAUAUUAGAUUGGGAUGUUCACCAUGGAAACGGAACACAACAUAUGUUUUAUGAAGAUCCAAGCAUAUUAUACAUAUCAUUACAUCGUUAUGAUGGUGGGUUUUUUUACCCCACAUCAACUGAUGGGAACUACAACAUGGCAGGGAGAAAAGCUGGCCUUGGCUUUAAUGUUAAUAUACCCUGGCAUUAUGGAGGCAAAGGGGAUGCUGAAUACCUAGCAGCAUUUCAACAAGUUAUCAUGCCAAUUGCUUAUGAGUUUGCUCCAGAUCUUGUAUUGGUUUCUGCCGGCUUUGAUGCGGCCAUAGGUGAUCCACUGGGAGGAUGUAAAUUAACUCCUUCAGGGUAUGGUCACAUGACACAUAUGUUGAGUAGUUUGGCUAAUGGCAGGGUUAUUGUUGUUUUGGAGGGCGGCUACAAUCUGGUUUCCAUGGCAAAUUGUAUGGCAACUUGUACAUCAGUAUUACUUGGUGAUCCUGCCCCACCCUGGAGAUAUGAGCAACCUCAACAAAUAGCUGUGAUGACAAUCUGUGAAGUGCUUGAUUAUCACAAGAAAUUCUGGAAAUCUCUCAAAUUUAGGGUUGGUAUACCAGCUAAAGAAAAAGAGGAAAUUAGCCUAAAAGAGACUGACAGUACAGAUAGUAAUAAUAUCAAUAACCUGAGUGAACAGCUUAGCUCAAUUUCUGUUAGUGAACAAAGUUAUAAACCCGAGGUGAAACAUCCAGAAGAGAUCAUGGCAGAGCAAGGAAGCAGUAAUGGUGCAGAAGGAGGAGCUAAAAUUUCUUCCAACAAGGAUCUUCUAAAACACUAUGAAGAUCAAGGAGUUGAACAGAUGUUUGCAGUACAGCCAUUAAAGAAUUGCAAACACCUUGAAGAAGUUACUCCAUUGCCAGAAAGGGGAUUGAAUGUUGAGGACCCCUGUGAAGAAUGCCAAGCAAAGGGAGAGAAUUGGGUGUGUCUUAUUUGUUAUAAGGUGUACUGCAGUAGGUAUGUUAAGGAACACAUGGUGAAGCACGGAAAAGAGGCUAAACACCCAGUAGUUCUGAGUUAUGCUGACCUAUCUGUUUGGUGUUAUGAGUGUGAUGACUACUUGGAUAAUGAGAUGUUAAAGCCUGCUAAGCAAUCUGCACACAAGAGUAAAUUUGGUACAGAUCUUUGUUAAAGGGCAAUAAUAUGAUGUAGAUCAUAGCUUUGAUGGUUGUGGAAUUGAAGGACCAAUCACGUGGCUUCUUGCUUAUCACAGUAUAAAGAGCAAAUAAAGUGUUCCAUCUACAUGUGCUUUAUAAGUUUACUGGACAAGCGUUCUAUCCUACAUGUGCUUUGUUAAAGUAACUGAAUAAUGUGCUUUAUUCAUGUGCUUUGUAAAUCUGAAAGAGAAUCUUCUUUCUUAUGUUAUUUUGUUUGUCAGAUAUAUUUUUGAUGCACCCUUGCAAAAUUUGGUAAAGACUUUCUUGCUCAGUCAUUCCUUCUGUUUGUCUGUUACAUAUCUCAAAGAACCUUCAUUGUUAGACAUCUAAGAUAUUUAAUGUGUUGGUUUCUACCAUUAGCAUUUACCAUUGAGAAGGUUUUCAGGGUCGCUGAGACUAAAAAUAGAUUUUCACUACUUUUCUGCAUAGGACGGCUAUGUAUUUAUUACCAAUAUUCUUGUUCAAACAUGUAUAGGGAUUGUUACUGUUUUAUGAGGUAUCCGUGGCCCAUUGGUUAAGGUCAUUUGCCUCUCACCGCAGAAGGUUCGAUUCAUGCCAGCGUCUUCGAAUUCUUUCAUGUGAGUAAGCUAUAUAGCUAGCUUACAGGAUGUUGGUGGUUCUACUCAGGGGCACCUGAAAGUAAAGCUGGAAAGAUGCCAUUUGACCUUUACUACAUUGGUGCAACAUAAAACCCAACACUGUUAAAAUAUGUUGUAAUAUUCAUGUACAAAUUACUGAUACUGUGAAUCUAAUAUGCUUGAAUUAAAACAGAUAUUAUUAUAGUUAUACCUUCACGUAUUUAGUACUGUAGACAAUUGCUAAAGCUGUGAUAAUAUACAUUGUUUAUAUUGGAAAUUGUGAGUUUAAUACAUUAAUGAAUUGGUAGAUAAUUAUACAUAUUGUACAGGUAAAUUCUAUAAAUUGGUAUUUAUACCCACCAAAAUAGAUAUUUUCUCUCAGUUCAGGGGUGAUAACAAAGAGAUUAAAAAAAUAGACAUGGGCAACGAGUUUUUACUUUACAAUUACAAUAGUUCUCUAGGCAUUUUCUAGAUAAUAAAGUAUAAGCAGAUAAUUUUCUGUACUUUCAACUACCAGUAUUUCAUAGAAUAAUGCAUGUAAUGUUAAGUAUUUUUGAAAAUGUGUAGUUUAGCUGAAAUAAUGUAUAUAAUUAUGCUCUUUUCAGUUGUUAUAAUUUUUUUAUCAAUAGAAUAACAUGUUUUAUAAAGAUAAAGAAUUGUGAAAAAGAUACAUGUAAUCAUUAUCAUAAUCUGAUUGGGUGUUCAUAUUGACUUUUUAUCAGCAGUGCAAUAGCUAUUUUUGAAGUAAAUCAUAAUUAGAUAUAUCACAAAAGUUAAAGUGAUCAAUGUUGUGAUUAAUGCAAAAUGAUUUGAUCUUCAGAAGAAUUUUUUUCCAGAAGCUUGAUUUUGAAUUUCAUGUUAUUUUAUUACAUGUAUUAUUAUUUUUUAAAAAUUUUUUUUUGGUGGGGUGGGGGAGUUGUUUCAUAAUACAAUGUCUUAACUGAUAAUAUUUGUCUUGUGGAAAGAAUUGUUAAAUAUCUCUGAGUUCUUUAAGUUGAAAGCAAGGAAUACUAAAAAUACUUCCAUAAUACAUGUAUAUGAGAGAGUUGAAUAAUUGUCAAAUGAUUUAAUACUGUGAUAAAGGAAAACCUUAUCUUUGUUUAUUUCUCCAGUUAUCCCCCACCCGACUUUCCAGGCAGGUGGGAAGCUUGGGGUUACUGUAACAUAAUCAACAUGUGAUAUUCUACAUUUUAAAAAAUCUGGACAUGAUGUGAUAAGUUAAUCAAUACAUGUAGAAUAGGGAGUAUAUUAAUCUUAAAGUAUUGUAGAGUUUGCAUGAGAUUUCCAUGGUUAUGUACUUUGAAAUUUGCACUUUUACAGAUUUUUAUAUUUUGAUAUGGAUAAUGAUAUUAAUGUUACAUAAAUUCAUUGUAAAGUGAAUUAUAAGUAAGUACAUGUUUGAAAAUAUAAUAAAUUUAAAUAUCAUAUAAAAUGAAAUGUACAUGUUGUACUUACCUAUUGGGGUUUUUGAAUGAAUUUAAUAUGUUUAUUUUUGCUAAAAUGUUAGUAUUCAAGUUGUAGAAAAAUUUUCUUAAUUAUUUUAUGUUAAACUUAACUUUUGUUGAAUUGUUAAGAUUAUUUCUAAUUGUUUAAGUGGCAGCAUUUAGCUUAUAUUUUUGUCAAUAAUUUGAUUUAGACAGUCUUACUUGUCUGUAAACAUCUUUAUUGUGCUGUUUAUCUACAAUUAAAGCUGGUAAUGUAGUAAUAAAUCUCUAUAAAAUGUAGAAAA